UCUGCCCUUCUAAAAAUGGCGCUGUUCUGUGCGACGGUGUGCCGCCGUUUCUCUGUGGAUUUGUACGGAAGCAAAACUAAUGGGGUUACAGUUAUACACUCUUCUUUCACGGCCACCUCUGGAACAAGACUGCCCCUGUACAGACACUACUCAUCCCCCAAAUCCAGGCUAGGGAUUGGCCUGCAAAUUGUGUCAAGGCUGCAAGGGGCCAAUGCCAAAUAUGAACUCUUCCUCCAAAGAUAUUUUCCCCGCUUUUAUGUUCUCUAUCACACUUUUACGAAAGGUAUUCAACUCCUUUUCCAAGAUGCCAAAGAGGUGACGGUGAUCAGAACAAGGAUGCUCACCAACAGUGUCGAAGUCCAGGACUUGCCCUAUCGUGAUAUGGAGAAACUCAGGCAGUUUCGCAAAGACAUGAUCAGAGCCAUUCCACUGCUGUUAAUUUCUAUUCCUCCAUUUGCCAACUACCUGGUUUUUGUCCUAAUGUGAGUACCUUUUCCCCGCCAGCUCCUGAUCCGCCACUUCUGGACCCCCCAGCAGCAGACUGAGUUCCAGGGAGUGAACCAUUCCCACAGGGCCCAGCACCACUGGGCUGUGCUGAAGGGGCUUGAGAGUGCAGGUUCACAUGUCAAAGAUGGCCGCCUAAAGAUCAGCCUACUAGACCUCUGCAACAAGGUGCAAAGUGGGGUACACCCUAACAUAUCUGACAUCCAGGCGAUUCGAGGCUUGUUUUCUGGAGCUCCCCUGAGUAUCAAGAGAAUAAACGCAAAUCAGAUGAGGCAACUCUGUCCCCUGUUCUUCCUGACUCCCCGCCUCCCAACUCCCAUGAUUGGCACUCGACUGAACAGCCACGCCAUAGAGCUGCUUCAGCUGGACCGUGCUCUCAGCAGACAUGGCCUGCACCAGUUGGAUGACUCGGAGCUGAGACAGGCCUGUUAUGUCAGGGGGCUUGAUUCUGGCAGUCUCAGCAUCAACCAGUGUCGGGAAUGGCUUUCACAGUGGCUCCAGUUCUCCUCUCACCUGAAAGAGUCAGAGGUGUCUCUGCUUGUGCACAGUAUGGUCUUGCUCUCUGCCAACUACCCAAAGCCCUCUCACCAUUGACAGGAAGGAACAAGGAGUGAUCUGCCACUUCCAUUAAUUCAGCCAUCUCUCAACAUGCUGGGCAGAGUAACUUUUCCAUAGGGUGCCAACAUCUGCAAACGGAAGAAAUGCCAAGCUUUACAACUCACUUUUAAAAGGACAAAGUGAUUACUUAAUGCAGUGGAUUUGUGGUGAAGGAAAUGUGAUUACAUAGCAACUGUUGCAAUAUCUUGAACUGGUCAAUGUUUUCAGGCUCAAUCAAAUCAGUUGUAACGUACACAGGAUACACCAGGUGUAAAUGGUACAGGGAAACGCUUACUCGCAAUCUCUGCUCAAGUGCAGUACUCAGCCUUGAAUGUUGUUUUGUUUACUUGUGAAGCUGAUGAUUUCACAUAAUGUGGAUCAUAGCUUAGGGGGGGGGGUCAAUCUUAUGUCAAUUUUCAGCUAACCAUAUUAACAGGUUACAUUUGGAAAAAUAAUUGUCUGCAGACAUUCCAACCCACACCUACAUAGCCUUUUGAGAGCAUAUGGUGUCAUUUUACUGGUCAUACUGUACCACCAUAACCCCUGUAUAAGUAUGCUUUUUUUGGGGGGGGAGAGCAACUUUGAAUCGAGUAGAUGGAAUGUUGUUACAUGCAGUAAGGUGAUACUGAAUGUCCAGACACUGGGGAAUGCCAUUCAGCAGGUGAUUUAGUCAUGCGGGCCUGGGGAUUGAACCCACUAUGCUCUACCAGUGCUGUUUUUUAAAACCUGGAAAUGCCCUCAUGUGCCUUGCUGCCUUAAAAUGGGUUCGAUAGUCCGUGGUUUUUAAGUGGCCAUAAGAUUCUCAUACUAAAUAUGCCAACUAAAUGUUCUUACUCUACUUGUUCAACCCCUUUCGAUUGUUCUGGUGUAUAUUAAGGUGAUUGGUGUCAAAUAAAAUGUACUCUGAAAUA